GCUACCAAUGUCAUAACAUAGCCUCUAUUAUCAGGAGAUUUCACCAUUAUAUUGGUUCAUAUGAUAAGUUGAGAUAAUCUGGUGACCACGUGUGUUGUUCCGGCUUAACUAUACUCGGUUUAGAGUGGCAAUUGCGACGAUUAGUCUGAUUAUAUUCUCGUGAAAUUAUAUUGGCUCAUUUUUUUUUCAGUUAAACUUUUGCCUAACAUUUGCCUUAUUCUCCACAAUCAUUGACAUGCCAGAAGAAUUACACAAGAUUAAUCCAAUUCCUUUGGAUAUCUUGGAAGAAAUCCAAGCUAACGAGCUCACACCUACACCAUCUCAACCUACCCAUAAGAAACCAUGGUUGUUCCCCAUAUUGUACAAGAUCCAAAAGUAUAGUGCUUAUUCUUUCGUAUCGUUCGUUGGGAUUCACUUGACUUCGGUGGUGAUUGUUCCUAUCUUGCCUAUAGACACGGGUAUUAAACAAGAAGUUUUUUCCUUGGCUAAAGCAGUAUACCAUGCUCUUCCAUUGUAUGAAACUACAAUCAUUUACGGGUCAAGUUUGCUCCACGUCAUUUCAGGGGUUACCUUGAGGGUCCUUCGGACUUACGAAAGACAACAAAAGAAAAAGAAUAAGAAAACAGGGCAUUUCAAUAUGAAUGAUUCGAUUCAGAUUAAAGACAGUGACGAUGAUAUUGGAUUAGGGGGCAUUUCCAGUAUAUUUGGUUUAGGAUAUAAGAAAUCUUGGAUAAGUCAGACUUUCGGAGUGUCACCUCUACAAUUUAGUGGGUAUAUACUCAUUCCAUUAGUUGCUUACCAUUACUUUAAAUUCCGAUUAAGUCCGUUGUUAGUUGAAGGGGAUUCCUCGUUGAUCAAUCUUGACUAUAUUACCUACAUGGUUAAUUUACGUAACCCCACGGCUAAUUUGUUGGCACUUUCCGGUUUAGUGUGGACAGCAACCUACCAUGUUUGCAAUGGAUUACUUAAAUUGAAUCAUAAGUUUAAUAAGAAUUGGAAACGAUUUGGCUUGGUUAUGAUUAAUGCCAUUGGAAGUUUAGGAAUGUUGGCAAUAUAUUAUUACAAGAUUGAUACCGACAUCAUUAAUGUCAAUGGAUACUUGGGCAAGUCGUUUGCUAGUUAUAUUAAUUCAUUCUGGAUAUAACAAGUAUAGCCGAUUAUAUAUAGCCUUUUGUACAUAAUACACACCCAUAUACACAC